AUAGCCCCGCCCCAGCCCCGCCCCUUCUCCAGGUCCUGAGGCACUGGGGCCGGGAGGCGCUACCCUGCCCGGAAUCUCUUCGGGACCCCGGCUGGUCUAGGAGGUCCCGGAGAGCACGGAAGGCUCGGAGGCUGGACGGCAGCUUGAGCCGAUUCUUUUACACCAUCUGGCAUAUCUAUAGGAGCCUCAACAGAGGUGUGGGAAGGAAUUCUUUCUUGGACCAGCUGUGGAAGGAAAGCCCCGAGCCCUUUGCCUACCCAGCCUCUCCAGUUGAAUAAUUUCCAAAAUGGCACCAAAUUCUAACGGAAAUGAUUACAACCAAACCUCUCAGGAUGCUUUGUUGCCAGAUCUCCCUAAAGGACCAUUAUGUAUGUACAGAGCAAAAUCAUCCUUCAAUUGGAAGGAACUGUUGUUAUUCUUAGAUGGAGAAGAUAUGAUCAUUUUAAAGAAAAGAAUCUUCUCAGCCUUUGAAAAUGAUCCCCUCUUCGCUCAUCACCCUGGAGAAGAAUUGCCUAUUGAGAAGUAUCGUGAGCUAAACUUUCUGCGCUGUAGAAGACUUUUUGAAUACAACUUUCUUAAUUUACAAGAGAUGAUGAAGAAUCCACUGAAAAUUUUUAUGCUGAUUAACUGCCUAGGGAUGUAUGAUUGGUCCUUAUCUGCCAAAUACUUUUUAAAUUCAUAUGUUUUUGCUUCUACUAUUCUGAAUUCUGGGUCUCAAAGACAUAUACAUUUUAUUCAGAAAACCUUAAACAUGGAGAUUUUUGGAUGUUUUGCUCUGACUGAAGUAAGUCAUGGGAGCAAUACAAAGGCUAUUCGAACAACUGCCCAAUAUGAUCCCACCACUCAGGAGUUCAUCAUCAAUUCUCCUGAUUUCGAAGCUUCCAAAUUUUGGAUUGGUAAUAUGGGAAAGAGCGCCACUCAUGCAGUUGUGUAUGCCCAGUUAUACACCCCAGGAGGCCAGUGCCGUGGAUUGCAUUCCUUUGUUGUACAGAUACGAGAUCCAAAGACACUUCUUCCAAUGCCAGGAAUCAUGGUUGGUGACAUAGGGAAGAAACUUGGACAGAAUGGUUUGGACAAUGGAUUCACCAUGUUUCAUAAUGUUAGAAUUCCCCGGGAAAACCUGCUAAACCGAACAGGUGAUGUUACCCCAGAGGGAGUCUACAACACUUCCUUUAAGGAUGUCCGACAACGUUUUGGUGCUUCACUGGGUUCUCUGUCUACUGGUAGAGUUUGCAUUAUAGGAAUGUCUGUGGUGAAUUUGAAACUGGCCCUAUCAAUAGCAAUUCGUUUCUCAGCAACUCGCCGUCAGUUUGGACCAAGUGAUGAUGAAGAAAUUCCAGUCCUUGAAUAUCAAAUGCAGCAAUGGCGCCUGAUUCCUUACUUGGCAGCUACAUAUGCCUUAGACCAUUUCUCAAAAACUUUGUUCAUGGACUUGGUAGAACUUCAGCGAGGCCUUUUACAAGAUGAUAAAAGUAUCAGGCAGGCUGAACUUGGACGUGAAAUUCAUGCAUUGGCAUCUGCUGGCAAACCUCUAGCUUCCUGGACUGCCCAGCAAGGAGCUCAGGAAUGUCGAGAAGCUUGUGGAGGACAUGGCUAUUUGGCCAUGAAUCGUCUGGGUGACAUCAGAAAUGACAAUGAUCCAAACUGCACCUACGAAGGAGAUAACAACGUCCUGCUUCAACAGACCAGCAACUAUUUACUGAACUGCAUUACAGACAGACAUCAAGAUAAAACUCGUAUUGAAAGUCCACUGGAAUCUGUAAAUUUUCUUGAAGAUUUUAAAGAUAUUCUUGGCCAGAAAUUUAAGAUAUCCAGAGUUGAAGAUUGCAUGGAUUCUUCAGUUCCUCUGGCAGCAUACAAGUGGUUGGUUUGUUACCUCCUACAAGAGAGUUAUCAAAAAUUAAAUCAGGAAAGAAAAUCUGGAAGUGAUGAUUUUGAAGCAAGAAACAACUGCCAGGCGUACUACUGCCAUUCCCUCGCUCUUGUUUUCAUUGAGCACACCGUAUUACAGAGGUAUCAUGAAUAUACACACCAUUCCAGCACGCCAGCUCCUCUUCAGCCAGUCCUGCAACGUCUCAGUGCUUUAUAUGGAUUCUGGUCUCUAAGUCGGCACAUGGCCGUGCUCUAUCAAGGUGGAUAUUUUUCUGGUGAACAAGCAGGUAAAAUGAUAAAGGAUGCUAUUUUGGACCUGUGUGCAAAGCUGAAAGAUGAUGCAGUUGCCCUGGUAGAUGUCAUCGCUCCUCCGGACUUCAUUCUGAACUCACCAAUUGGCAGGGCCGAUGGCGAGUUGUAUAAAAACCUCUGGACCACUGUCCUUCAGGGAAGCAAAGUCCUAGAGAGGGCAUCAUGGUGGAUGGAAUUUUCUACCUAUAAACCCAUCAUAGGAAGUUUGAAAUCAAAACUUUAAGUCCAGCAUAAAUGCCAAGGCACCAUUUAGACAUUUAUCCUUGAGCAUCUGCAUCAUUUCUACCUACAAAGAUCCUGGACACAGAGGGCUAUCACUCUGGCAUCCUGUUUGAUUACUUCCAGAAGACUUUGAACGGUACCACCAUUUUCUGGAACAGCACAUCUACUCUUACCAAUCAAUUCCAGAUGUAGAAGCAUCAAUCUUGUUUAAUGGUAUUUGCUUCCCUUGCAUGGUCAAGGGAUAACAUAUAAUUCACCGUUAUAAUUCUCAUGCUUAUCAUGAUUUGCUAUAUAAAAUGAAGAGAAGGUAAAGUAUAUCAACCUUGAUGAUGGAAUAGACUAUUUAGAUAAUUUGAACUUCAUAUCUCCAUUUUCAUAUUUGAAUCUCUUGAGCAUAGUCACUCAUUAAGUGCCUUUUUUGUGAAAUUUAUUGUACUAAUUGCUAAGGAAGAUAACAAAUAUAAAGAAGACAAAGUCUUUCAAGGGGCUUAUAGUCUAAUAGAAUCUGAUAAAAUAUUUAUAUAGAUAAAUACAAUUCAUAUUAGAAUAUGGUACAGAUAAAGGAAGAAUUCAAAAUGUUAGGAAAUAAAAUUAAGAAGACGUCACUUCCAGGCAGGGGAAAUCAAUGAAGACUUAAUGGAGGAGGAAGCAUUUGAAGAAUAUAAAUGGGUGGAGGUAGCAAAGGAGGACAUUCCAUGUAAGCAAAGACUUGGAAGGUGGAAAGCAUGGGGUAUGUGCCUUGCCCAGAGCUGGCGCUCAGCAAACAUUCAUUCCUUGUCUGGGGAUUCUACGCCAUGGAUUUCUUGAAUUGAUCUGCAAAUGUCUGUUUCUCUAAGGACUUCAUUGUGCCAUUUGAUAUCUGCUCUAAAUCCAGAUUAGCUUCCUUUACAUAAUCAUUGCAAUUCAAUUUCCUUAAUCUGGACUAAAUGAAGGAACACGAAGUCUGAAUUAUGGAUUUGGGGGAGCAUUGUGGUUUCAUGUCUUUUAAGCAUUUAACUGGAACUAAGCACUGAGAAAGUGUUGUUAAGAAGAAAGAAGAAAUGUAGACCUCAGUUGCUAGAUCAUUGCUAAUUUGAGACAUUCAUUAUAUCCAUUUGUUCUCUUUGAUGUUACACCUGUUCCUCCUCUUCCUCGGGUGAAAUAAAUCUACUACAAUUUUGUUUAUAGUA